AUGGUCAGCCCCGUGCACCGAGUGUCCUUGGGGGAUACCUGGAGCAGGAAAGUGAACCCGGACAUAGAAAGCGAGAGGUGCACACAGUCCUUCAAUGUGGAGCGUCUCACCAACAUACUUGAUCAAGGUGCCAAGAACACUGCUCUCCGCAGGAAAGUGGAGAGUAUCAUCCAGAGUGACCCGGAGUACAGUCUGAAGGACCUUUAUUUCAUGUCCCAGAACGAGCGAUAUGAGAAUGCCCUCCGGAAGAUGGUGUACUUCCUGAGAACCGCGCAGCGCCUGGGCUGGUCCGUUACCGGCCCUGAGUUAGGAUAUGCUUACAGAGCCGUUGCUGGAGAUCUGGGUCUUGGCCUGCACAAGGUUUUCCUGAAUUCCCUCAAUGUCCUGGGCUCUGAAGAGCAGAAAGCCAAGUGGGGCGAGCUCGCCCAGCAGUACCAGAUCAUCGCGACGUAUGCCCAGACAGAACUGGGCCACGGGACAUACCUUCAGGGUCUGGAGACCGAAGCCACCUACGAUCCAGCCACUCAGGAGUUUGUGUUGCACAGUCCCACACUGACCGCCACCAAGUGGUGGCCUGGGGACCUGGGACGGACAGCGACGCAUGCCCUGGUGCUGGCACAGCUGAUCUGCUCCGGUGCCCGGCAGGGCAUGCAUGCUUUCAUCGUGCCCAUCCGGAGUCUGCAGGACCACACCUCGCUGCCAGGAAUCACCGUUGGAGACAUUGGGCCCAAGAUGGACUUUGAACAUGUGGACAAUGGCUUCUUGCAGCUGGACCACGUGCGGGUCCCCCGGGAAAACAUGCUGAGUCGCUUUGCACAGGUCUUGCCAGAUGGCACCUACGUCAAGCAGGGGGCUGCACGCACCAACUACUUUUCCAUGGUGGUGGUGCGCGUGCAUCUGCUCCGGGAUGAGAUCCUGCCCCUGCUGCAGAAGGCGUGUGUCAUCGCCACGCGCUACUCCGUCAUCCGCCGCCAGUCCCGGCUCCGGCCCAGUGACCCAGAGGCCAAAAUCCUAGACUACCAGACACAGCAGCAGAAAAUCUUUCCUCAGCUGGCUAUGGCCUAUGCCUUCCAUUUCGGGGCUAUCAAGGUCUUGGAAUUCUUCCAGCAUGCCUACAGUGCCAUUCGGGAUGGAAACUUUGCCCUGCUGCCUGAGCUCCAUGCACUGAGUGCAGGCAUGAAGGCCACCAUAUCAGAGGCCUGCACCCAGGGGGCCGAGCUGUGCCGCAGGGCCUGCGGGGGCCAUGGCUUCUCCAAGCUGAGUGGCCUGCCAUCCCUGGUCACCAAGGUGACGGCUUCCUGCACCUAUGAGGGCGAGAACACUGUGCUCUACCUGCAGACAGCCAGGUUCCUGGUGAAUAACUACCUGCAGAUCCAGACGAGACCAGGCUCCACAUCUCAGAGCUCAUUGCCUCAGUCCAUUGAUUAUCUUGCCGCUCCUGCCCUGGCCAGGUGCCCAGCCCAGAAGGCGGCCGACUUCCUGUGCCCAGAGCUCUACACUGCAGCCUGGGGGCACGUGGCAGCCAGGCUCAUAAAGGAUUCGGCGCAUAGCCUACAGACCCUGAUGCAGUCCGGCCUUGACGAGCAUGAGGCAUGGAACCGGACCACCGUCCAGCUCGUCCAGGCCGCUAAGGCACACUGCUACUACAACAUCGUGAAGAGCUUUACACAAGUGCUGGAUGAGCUGAGAAACGAGCCAGCGAUUCAGCAGGUGCUCAAGCGCCUCUGUAACCUCUACGCCUUGCACUGCAUCAUGACCAACGCGGGUGACUUUCUCCAUGACGGCUUCCUGUCUGGGGCCCAGGCAGACAUGGCGAGAGCAGCCUACCUGGACCUGCUCCACCUGAUCCGGAAGGACGCCAUCUUGUUAACCGAUGCUUUUGACUUCACUGAUCAGAGUUUAAAUUCAGCACUUGGCUGUUAUGAUGGAAAUGUCUAUGAACGUCUGUUCGAGUGGGCUCAGAGGUCGCCAACCAAUACUCAGGAAAAUUCUGCCUAUGAGAAGUAUUUAAAACCACUAUUACAAAAUCGGAGAGCCAAGUUAUAA